GUCUGCAAAAAUAGUUGUUCUUGUCUUUCAUUGUGAUGUCAACCUCUAUGCCCAUUUGAUUAUUGUAUUUUUUUCUUUUAUUUUUUGGAGUUAAUAAGAAUGUAUAAUAAUUGAAGACUGCGCCCAACAUCAGAUCUGGUCCUCUCUUUGCAGUGUGCUUUCAAAAAAACAGCCAUCACUGAACCUAAAGGCAUCCAAUGCCUUAAUUCUCUCAAUUCUCUCCCGACUGCUUUUGAUCCUCUUGACAAAGUAAGAAAGAAGAAGAAAAUUCAGUCGGAUCCUCGGAUUCCUUCACAGAGAAUGUGCAUUUCCUUCCCGGAGGAGGAGAGGGGGCAGUCCUUUUAAUUUUGUUCUCAUUUGUUCUUCUCUGGUCAAUUUAUUUCGUUUGGCAUUGUCCCCAAAACAAAUCCGAAGGUUCCCAUAUUCUAGUUUUUCCCGAUAAAGUCCUCGUUUUCUCGAGAAUCCACCAAGCUGACCGAUUUCUAAUAAUAUUAUUAUGAUUAUUAUUUCUCACAUUCGUUGAGUUUUUAUUCUCUCUGUGAUUUCUGUUAUUAUGGAAGGAGGAGGAAGGCGGAGGCUUACGCUGAGGGAUCAGAUGUCGGCGGUGGACGGCGGCGUACGGGAGGUGCCGGCCGGUUUGACUCUGAACGAUGUAUUGGGCACGAUGGAGAAGCAAGCCGCGCUGGCUCCCCCAGCUCCCCUAGGUCGAUCUCAAAGCGCCCCGGGACUUCAGCCUCAGCUCAGUAACCUGACCCUCAUGGACGUGAUCCGAGAGGAGGACCCGAACUCCAGGUCGUCUUUCGAGGGCCUCCUUGGUGACCACCCCAACAGGGACAAGAAGUAUUGGAAAAACUUCAAACACAAGCUCUCUCUCAAGCGUGCCGGGGCCAACUGGACCUCUUCUAUUCGUAUCCCGACCUCGGAUAUUCCUAUCCGGAAUGCUAACGUGAUUGGCAAUAGUCGGUCGUCAAGGCAGAUUUCGUUUUCUAGAAUCAACUCAGUCCGUUACCCGCACUCGGCCGAGUCGACUCAGUCGGAUGACAGUUCUACUUAUUCCGCUGCUGACCGAGACCACUCCUCCUCAUCGUCGGCUCCGGGUAUCAGGCCGCAGAUCUCUCGCCUGUGCUCUACCCGCUUACACCAGUCGGAGUCAACUCAUCCCGGCGACCCAGACUCUUCCGACGCACCUUCUCUUUCGCAGCUUCAGAGUUUCGGACGUCAAAUGUCGCGCCAUAAUUCGACGCGCUACCUUGUGAAUCUGCGCCAGAACUCGAUGUACAACAGCGACGUCGCCGAUUUUGCAGCCACAGUAGACGGAGACGAAGAAGGCAAUGAUGAUACUGACGAAACCUCGCAGCAGGUUCCAACGCGCCGCCUCGCAGUGGUAUUGGCAGAGGAGAGAGCUCUGUCGGCCAGAGAAGCGGUGGCAGCGCAGGAAGCGGCGGAGGCGGCGGCAGCGGCAGCAGCCGAGAGAGAACAGCUAGAGUCUGAAUCGUCGGGUUCACCGGCGGCGGAGCCCCAGGUGAGGAUGUCACUGAUGGACUUGAUGGACUAUAACAUGGCGGACGAGGAAGAAGAGGAGGAGCCGGAGGAGGAAGAGGAGGAGGAGGAGGUGGAGGUGGAGGAAGAGGAGUCGGAGUCGGGGGAAGGAGGAGGAGUAGAGCAUAAAUGUUGCGUGUGCAUGGUAAGGCAUAAAGGUGCGGCUUUUAUACCGUGCGGACACACAUUUUGCAGGCUGUGUUCAAGGGAGCUUAUGGUGGGUAGGGGUAACUGCCCUCUCUGCAACCGCUUCAUCACGGAAAUUCUUGACAUUUUCUAGUCUUUUUUUAUUUUAUUUUAUUUAUUUUAAUAAUCAUAAUCCACAAUUUGAGAAAUAUAUUUUUUGGUCGGACUAGAAAUGAGUCGUCACAUUUUGAUUGGUCCGCAAGUGAUGGGGGAAAUUGCGAGGUUCUUUGUUGGUGAUUUGUGGUUUGAAAUUUAGUGGCCACUGGGUUCCUCCAGUUUCUAUGUUUGUUAUUAUUAUCUUUAGUUAAUUCAAGAGUGUAUAUUAUUAUUA